GGCUCGGAUGGUACACGGGGCAGCCUGCAGAACGACCCUCGGAAGGACCUAUACGGUUUGCAUCGCAGAGGUCCGAAAAAGGCGCCACACACCUCCUUCUGCGUAAUGCUUGUUGGUGCGGCCGGACAAUUUAUGAAUCGUCGAAUCAUCCCGGUUUCUUGCAGGCGCUUCAUACCGUUGGAGAUGGAGCAACAUAUGUUCUCAGCCUGAGCUUCGCCAGCAGGGAGGGGCAUGACGCAGGACGCGGCGUAGCCACUUCCAAACUCGCGCAGCAAUCGACUCUCGGCCGCCGCGUGAUUACCUAAGAGAAGCCAGCCGGCAAACACCUCUGCGACGUGGCUGCGGUAGUGGAGCAGAUUGCUAUCACUGCCCUCGGUGCCAGCACCCACGCGACUGGGCUGAGGAAGAACACUAUCAGCUUCAUCAGCGGGGGCGCAGUCCUCAAUUGCAUCACGCAGGAGAGCGAAUCGACGAGUGAACUCGCACGCGCAGUGCUGCGAGGCGGCGUCGUUCAGGUGGCAGAAACAGUUCAAGUCUUACGGCGACUGUAGAAUCAUUGCGUGUGCCCAUCGCCGAUGUCGGUCUGCACGGCGCCGUUAGCAAGCUCGUCACCGUGCAGAUCGAAGAGCUCGGCUCCUACCAGCAGGUCGCGGACGACCAGCUGGGACGGCAAGAGAGGGAAGGGCAGAACGAUUGAAAGCUCCUGGCCCUUGGACUCCAAUUCGUCGCUGCCAGAGUCGAGCAAAUCGUCGCUGUCGCCGAUAGCGCAAUUGAGGUUGCUGUUGGCCGCCACGGUACCGGAAGCGUCCACACUCUUGGCCAUGUGCUUCGCGACCUUGUCCGUGAUCGCCUUCGAGAAUGCGCGAGCUUUGACUGUCGUGACUUGCCUGGAAGUGUCGUAGGCGCGGUCGAGGUGGGCGAGCAGAUCGCCUCGCGAGGCAGGGCUUCAUGCCGUGAAGGCGACAAAGGUCACGACCGGCCUGCUCCAGGCCCGCGAAGAAGAGCCCAGUCAUGCUAGCCAGCUCACGAAGCAGCCGCCCGUGGACAUCGCUGAUGAUUGCUUAGUCGGAGGGGCCAUGCAAGGGCAAGCAAGGAAGUAGAGGGUCCAUGUAGGAGAUGCCGCUUGAGC